UCGGGCGACGCUUAACGCGCGCACUGACUAUAGAGAAGACGUUCGUUUAUUUUUGCCUUUUGCAAUUUACAGAUUAUUCUCAGUUGAUCCAUGGCGGAAAAGUAUUCCAAGUACUUGAUCUUAGGUGGUGGUGUCGCAGCUGGAUAUGCUGCGAGGGAGUUUGGUAAACAGGGUGUUAAACCUGGAGAGCUGGCAAUUAUCUCCAAAGAGGCGGUGGCUCCUUAUGAACGCCCAGCACUUAGUAAGGGUUACCUUUUUCCUGAGGGAGCUGCAAAACUCCCAGGGUUUCAUGUCUGUGUUGGAAGUGGUGGCGAGAGGCUUCCUCCUGAAUGGUACACUGAAAAAGGCAUUGAGUUGAUUCUUAGMACUGAAAUAGUGAAAGCAGAUCUUGCUUCCAAGACUCUCACAAGUGCAUCUGGAGCAACCUUUAAAUAUGAUAAUUUGAUUAUUGCAACUGGUUCAGCAGUCAUAAGGUUGACUGAUUUUGGUGUUCAAGGAGCUGAUUCCAAGAACAUCUUCUAUUUAAGAGAAAUUGAGGAUGCUGACAAGCUUGUAGAAGCAAUUAAAGUAAAGAAAAAUGGGAAGGCUGUGAUUGUUGGAGGAGGAUACAUUGGUCUUGAACUUAGUGCUGUGAUGAAAAUCAAUAACAUUGAUGUGACAAUGGUGUAUCCGGAACCAUGGUGUAUGCCCCGACUUUUUACUGCUGGUCUUGCUGCUUUUUAUGAGGGCUAUUAUGCCAAAAAAGGAAUCAAAAUUGUGAAGGGAACAGUUGCAGCUAGUUUUGAUUCUGAUGCAAAUGGAGAGGUCAAGGCAGUAAAAUUGAAGGAUGGGAGAGUGUUGGAAGCUGACAUUGUUGUUGUUGGUGUUGGUGUAAAACCACUUAUAACACUAUUCAAAGGCCAGGUUGAAGAAGAAAAAGGUGGAAUUAAGACUGAUGGGCUCUUCAGAACAAGUGUUCCUGAUGUUUACGCUGUAGGCGAUGUUGCUACCUUCCCUAUGAAGUUGUACAAUGAGAUGAGGAGGGUAGAGCAUGUUGAUCAUGCUAGGAAAUCAGCAGAGCAGACUGUGAAGGCUAUCAAGGCUAGUGAGGAAGGAAAGACUAUUGAUGAGUAUGACUACCUUCCAUAUUUCUAUUCCCGUGCCUUUGAUCUGUCAUGGCAGUUCUAUGGAGACAAUGUUGGUGAGACAGUGUUAUUUGGAGACAGUGAUCCAGAAUCCCCCAAGCCAAAGUUUGGAUCAUAUUGGAUCAAGGACAAGAAGGUAGUAGGGAUAUUCCUAGAAAAUGGGACACCAGAUGAGAAUAAGGCUAUUGCCAAAAUUGCAAGGCUCCAGCCCUUCAUUGAAAGUCUGGAUCAACUGGCACAGGAAGGUCUUUCAUUUGCAUGUAAGAUCUGAGAAUUCUCCCAUCUAAAGCAUGCAAGGCUUGAGAGUUCUAGUGUGCUGUGUGCAUACGCAAUGCUUCAUCAUCUAGACUUGAUAUUUCUAGUUUAUUGUGAAUUGAUUGUAGAAACCCAUUGACUUUUCCCUCUAUCUUCUUUCAGCGGUAGUGUAAAACAUUUGAUGUUCUUGUUGUCAAUUUUGUGUUCUGCGUUAAGUUUUUUUUCAUUACAUAAAUACUUUAUGUUUGAAAUGUCAGCACCUAAUUUUGUAAUGUUCCUCAGUUUUUCUUUUUUUCUUUUGGGUGGGGGGUGUUGGUAAAUGAUUCAGGGUAUUGGAAACGCAAAGAGUUCAGAAAAGCAAUUUUAACAGAUGUGUCUUGAUA